GGCGCUGGCCCCGGGGGAGCGGAGGGGCAGGCUAGGGCAGCUCCCCAGCUCCCCGCGUGAUAAAACUUGAGAAAUAACCAGGAGGGGCGGCCCGGCGUCUCCUGGGUCCAAUCCCGUCUCUGGAGCGAACGCGCUCCCGGGCAGGCGAGCCUGACGGAGGCCUAGGAGACUUAAAGAGGAGUGGCAGCGAGGCACGCCCGCACCGCGCGCCGCUGAACCUCCGUGGGCUCUCACCUCCGGCCUCCUGCCCGGCGCCUGGGUUCCCCCUUCCCGCCCUGCGCCGCGAUGGCCACCUCGCAGCCUCGGAUCCCCCCGCGCGGAGCCCUCGGCAGGCUGCUGCUGAGCCUCGCGGUCUUCAGUUUUGCUUGUGAAGGCUGCGAAAAGGUGACAUUUAAUAUACCUUCCAAACUAGAGGCAGACAGAAUAGUGGGCAGAGUUAAUCUGAAAGAGUGCCUCAGGUCUGUGGACCUUAUCCAGUCCAGUGACCCUGAUUUCAGAGUUCUAGAUGACGGGUCAGUAUACACAGCCAGCACUGUGGUGAUGUCUGAUGAGAAAAGAUCAUUCACCAUAUGGCUUUCUGACACCAAGACACAGACACAGAAAGAGAUUAAGGUGCUCCUGGAACAUCAGAAGAAGGUACUGAGGAAAAGAGAUGCUAAAGAAGCCGUUCUCAGACGUUCCAAGAGGAGAUGGGCCCCUAUUCCCUGCUCAAUGCAGGAGAAUUCACUGGGCCCGUUCCCUUUGUUUCUUCAACAAGUUCAGUCCGAUGCAGCACAGAACUAUACCAUCUUCUACUCAAUAAGUGGGCGUGGAGUUGACCAAGAACCUUUAAAUUUGUUUUUCAUAGAAAAAGACACUGGAAAUCUGUAUUGUACCCGGCCUGUGGAUCGUGAAGAAUAUGAUAUUUUUGAUUUGAUUGCCUAUGCUUCGACUGCGGAUGGGUAUUCAGCAGACUUACCUCUUCCACUGCCCAUCAGAGUGGAGGAUGAAAAUGACAACCACCCUAUUUUCACAGAAGCUGUUUAUAAUUUUGAAGUUCCAGAAAGUAGCAGAGUUGGUACUACAGUGGGAGUGGUUUGUGCCACAGACAGAGAUGAACCAGACACGAUGCAUACACGCCUGAAGUAUAGCAUUUUGGAGCAGAGCCCAAGGUCCCCUGGGAUCUUCGCUGUGCAUCCCAGCACAGGUGUCAUCACCAUAACCUCUCAUUAUCUGGACCGAGAGACUGUAGAAAAGUACUCACUGAUAAUGAAAGUACAAGACAUGGAUGGUCAGUUUUUUGGACUGAUGAGUACAUCAACCUGUAUGAUCACAGUUAAAGAUUCAAAUGACAAUGCACCGACUUUCAAGCAAAAUACCUACGAAGCAUCAGUAGAGGAAAAUGCUUACAAUGUGGAGAUAUUACGAAUACCAAUAGAAGAUAAGGACUUAAUUAACACUGCCAAUUGGAGAGCCAAUUUUACCAUUUUGAAGGGCAAUGAAAAUGGACAUUUCAAAAUCAGCACAGACAAAGAAACUAAUGAAGGCGUUUUGUAUGUUGUAAAGCCACUGAAUUAUGAAGAAAACCACCAAGUGAUCCUGGAAAUUGGAGUAAACAAUGAAGCUCCGUUUACUAGAGAUGUUGCACUCAGAAUGGCAACCAUGAACCGAGCCUUGGUCACAGUUCACGUGAGGGAUCAGGAUGAGGGGCCUGAAUGCAGCCCUGCAGCCCAAUAUGUACGGAUUAAAGAGAACUCAGCAGUGGGGUCAAAGGUCAAUGGCUAUAAGGCGUAUGAUCCUGAAACUAACAGUGGCAGCCACUUAAGGUACAAAAAAUUGCAUGAUCCUAAAGGAUGGAUCACCAUUGAUGAGAUUUCAGGAUCAAUCAUGACCUCCAAAAUCCUGGACCGGGAGGCCAUGACUCCCGGAAAUGACGUGUAUAACAUUACAGUUCUGGCAAUAGACCAAGAUGGUAGAUCAUGUACCGGAACACUUGUGGUUAACAUUGAAGAUAUGAAUGAUAAUCCACCAGAAAUACUUCAGAGUUACGUAACAGUUUGCAAACCAAAGAUGAAGUACACUGACAUUUCGGCUGUCGAUCCCGAUGAACCUAUCCAUGGUGCUCCAUUUUAUUUCAGCUUGGCGAACAGUUCUCCAGAAACGAACAGAAUGUGGACCCUCACCAGAGUUAAUGAUACAGCUGCCCGUCUUUCAUAUCAGAAAAAUGCUGAAUUUCAGGAAUAUAGUGUUCCUAUUACUGUAAAAGACAGAGAAGGUCAAUCUACAACAAAAACUGUGAGAGUUAAUCUGUGUGAUUGUACUCAUCCAAGUCAAUGCCUGGCAGCUCGAAGGAGUGCAGAAGUCAUACUCGGAAAAUGGGCGAUCCUGGCGAUCCUGCUGGGUAUAGCAUUAUUAUUUUCUGUAUUGCUAACUUUGGUAUGUGGAGUUGUUGGUGCAAAAAAAAAAAAAGCUUUUCCUGAAGAUUUAGCACAGCAAAACUUGAUUAUAUCAAACACAGAAGCACCUGGAGAUGAUAAGGUGUGUUCUGGCAAUGGGUUUAUGACCCAGACAGUCAACAGCUCUGGCCAAGGCUUUUGCGGUACCAUGGGAUCAGGAGUGAAAAACGGAGGGCAGGAGACCAUUGAAAUGGUGAAAGGCGGACACCAGACCCUGGAUUCGUGCGGGGGAACUGGGCACCAUCACACCCUGGAUUCCUGCCGGGGAGGACCUGUGGAGGUGGACAACUGCCGAUAUACCUACUCCGAGUGGCAUAAUUUCACUCAGCCCCGUCUUGGUGAAAAAUUGCAUCUGUGUAACCAGAAUGAAGAUCACGUGCCAUCUCAAGAUUAUGUCCUUACAUACAACUAUGAAGGAAGAGGAUCUCCAGCUGGUUCUGUAGGUUGCUGCAGUGAAAAACAGGAAGAAGAUGGCCUUGACUUUUUAAAUAAUUUGGGAGCCAAAUUUACUACAUUAGCAGAGACGUGCACAAAGAGAUAAUGUUAAAGUGUUACAAUUAGACAUGUAUUUGCCAGACAUCCUGGAGGUUUCCAAAAGGAAUGAGAUAUUGUAAUGUUCAAUUUCAAUUUCUAAUACAUAUAUGGAUAUAUAUUAGACUUUUAAUUUCUAAUAUAUAUAAAGCUAGAAAUAUAUAGAUAUUUUUAAUAUAUCUAUACAUUAGAAAAAAUAUAUAAUUUUUCUAAAUUUUGAAUUGUACUAUUUCCCAAUUUGUAUUUUUAUAGCAAUUUGUUGCUUCUGUUUUCCAAGGAGUUUGAAAUGUUAAAAUGCAUUUUGUCUUCUUUACUGCCAGGUAAGGAGACAGCUAGAAAAUCUUAUAUGGUAUCAUUGGAAUUAAGGUCUAUAAAGGACCUGCAGUGAAUGUGUUGAGUUAGUAUUAGUCCAAUGAUAGCUAAGCUGUACUUGAUUGGAUAUAGAAUGGCUAUUUGGGCUAGAAAUUCUGUUCUUGUUCCAGAUUUAAAUUUAAGUGGAAUAGGAUUAUAUCAAACAUUGUGUUAAAUUAUAUUGCAUUUUUUAGUUCUUCAAAAAAUCAGUACCACUGAGCUGGUAGCUCCAAAGACUACUAGAAUUUCAUUUUCCUUCUAGUUUAGCAUUUAGAUCACGAAGAGCAGUUCUAUCCACUUGAUUGCCCUAAUAAGCUCUUAAAAAAUACAUAGCUAUGUUGUUAAACUGCACCAGGGAAGUGUAGACCAAAAAAUUGUGUUGUUUUUAUGCUUUUGAAUGUGUGCUUUAUGGUUUGCAAAAGGAUUAUUAUGAGGAAUAUAUCUGAGUUUCCUUAUUUUCAAGAAAUAACUAUAUUCACUAUACAGAGAAUUAUUGUCGUCAUUUUAAUGAAAAAUGCCAAAGAUCUAUUGAGAUUGUAAUCACCGGUCUUGACAUCUUUUUCCCUGAGAUUCAGGACUACUAUUGAUAACUUGCAGUAAUGAAAAUUAUACUGAAGAAAGAGUUACUUUUUUUGUUUUUAAUAUUGUACUUGCAUAUUUUUAUUUGCAGGUUUAGGACAUAUGGCGUUUUAUUUUCUCUCAACAGCAGUUAUUUGCGAUUACAAUAUGUUAUCCUUAGGUGGAUUGUGUCAUGCCCCAUAUUCUGAAGACGCAGACCCCAUCAUAGUUAUGAGAUGAGUGUACAUUUCUAUUCACUACCGUUUUCACACAAAUUCCUCCUUAUUAAGGUAGAUAAAUAUUUUAAAAUACUGUAAAGAAUCAAAAGAACCCCUUGGUGCAAUUUAAUAUCUUCCAUAAUGUUGCUUAAGGUAUAAUGGGUCUCAAAUUUGUUCAGUGAUACGGUCCUUGGAAGAACUUGCAAAAUAUCCCAAAGCAAUGGUGUUUAAACUUAAAAUAAUUAAUACCUAAUUUUAUGAUGAAUCUAAUAUCACAUUAUUGUAUACUCACUUCAAGUGUUAGCUUAAAAAUAGACAAGAAAUAUGAAGUAUCACCAAUUGAAGAAAAUUUUGGAAGACAAGACAAAAUUAACUUAAAAAUUUUGCAGCUUUUUGGGACUUACCCAAAGAAUUGGGACCUACCCCUCCACCAAGCCCCCAAAACUCUUUAUUUGACUUUGAGGCAGAAUUUAUGACCUAGCCCAUGUAGUGGCAAAGUUCAGUAUGAAUAUAGGCUUAACUGACUUUCUCUUUCUCUAUACAGAGACAGAGAGGGAGAAGAGACAGACAGUGGUAUCUCCCACUUUUCAAAAUUUUGUGUUUCACGAAAGACCUACAUUAAUACCUGUUUUUGCUAACUUAAAGAUGUCUGAAGAAAAUUUUUGCUUAUGUGAAAAAAGACAAAAAGUGAAAAUAGCAUUUACCAGUUGUCCUGCAGUGAGCCCUUACAGAGGCAACCCUUCCCCCCAACCCAGGGCAGUGGGACUCCCCCCAACCCCCCCCCCCAACUGUCCUCUGCUUCUCCACAUCCAGCUGACAGAGCUCUGAAUUGUUGCCUGUGAGCAUCUAUGUUUUAUCUCCAUUUACUUUCUGUAUCCCUCAGUAAGAUAUGUCUUAAGAUACCAGAAAAGCCAAAGAGAAGUUAAUUUGGGGUCUGGAAACACUCAAAAAUUUUCCAUGUAAAUGAAUGGUAAUUGCUUCUUUGCUUUAUGCCAUUUCAGCUUCCAGAAAUUUUCAUAGGAAUGCUAUAAGGGUAAACACACA